CGGAUCUCAGAGACUGACCAGACUACGCCAUCGCUACGGGCUGAAAGGCAUCGAGUAACUCGUCUUCGACCUUGAUACCAACCGCCAGCUCUUCCUACUCCUGCUGCUGUUGACCUCCAGAGUUAUGAUGGAUACUUUCGCAUUCCAACGUUCGGAACAUCGACCGACCUCCCGAUCGAGCACGCGUCAUGUGUUCCAGCUGACUCCACCAGACGAAAAGCCGGCCUUCUACGAACUCUCGCAUACCAAACCAGAUACCGCAGUCAGCGACACAAGCAGUUUCACGCCUUCUUCUUCGGCUUCUUUAGCCUCCCGCAUCCUCGCCGAAGAAGCUUCCGCUCUCCAAGCCGUCUCGACCCGUCUUGCCUCACCGACCUCCCUCACCGUGCACUCCUUCAACGCUGCCAUCGCACUAAUCUCACACUCCCUUCUUCGACAGGGCAAAAUCAUUCUCACCGGUCUUGGCAAAUCUGGAAUCAUUGCGAGGAAGAUCGCGGCGACGUGUACGAGUACGGGCUCUCCGGCGAUAUACCUACACCCGUGCGAUGCACUACACGGAGAUCUAGGAAUCGUGAGGGAUGGCGAUGUCUGUAUCGCUAUCUCACAUUCCGGACGAACGAGGGAGGUCGUGGAGUUGAUUCCGCAUAUGCGGGCAAGGGGGUGUCCAAUCAUCAUGAUCACCGGUUGUCCCGAACCCGAAAAACUUCGGAGUGAGAUUGGAGUCGACAUCGUUAUCGACUCGCAAAUCCCGCACAACCAAGAAGUCCUCAAUAACGCCCUCCCAGCCCCUACGACCUCAACAACACUCGUAACAGCCCUCGGCGACGCCAUAGCGUGGUCAGUCAUGUUCAAACGUACCCAUCGUCUACAGAUGAUGUCUUGGGAUGGACUGGAUAUGAGUCCGAGUGUGAAGGAGGUCGCGGAGGGGGCUACGCCUGUUUUCGCGCGGAAUCAUCCGGGUGGGGCGUUGGGGGUUGUUGCAAGGGAGAGGGAGGUCGAGAUGGGGAAGGAGAUGAGGGGGCCGAUUACGCCGCCGAAUGAGGAGUUUAUGGAGGGUGGUGGUGAGAGCGUAUAGAUCUUGUGGGGUUUGCGGGGCUUGGUGCUUUCUCUUUACAGCUUGAUGCUUUGGUUUUCGGUU